CCGAAAUUCAUCACAUAGAAGGUAGUGGUAACGAUGGCGGUGUUUUAUACCGGGAAAUGCAGUUAAAUGAAAUGGAUAUGAAUGACAUUGUCAAUAGAAAACGAAAAGAAGUGCUUUAUAACGACGAAUCUUCUAUUUAUGGAGUCGAUACUGGAAGACGUUUAGAAGAUUUUCAAACCCGGGCACCGACAAUAGACGAUGAAUAA